AUGUCAAGCAAAAAACUUCCACCAAAGAAUGAUCCUGCACGUACCACUGCUGAACAAGAAGCGUUGAAAAAUGCUGAAAAAGCAACUCAGCUUACCGAGGCAUUAAAGGAAGGAAAACUUCCAACCACUGAGCAAAUCACGACGACCAUUGAAUCAAUUCAAGAGAAUGAUACAAUUCAUGAAAGUGCUCGUGGAAUGUCUCCUUUGGGUAAAAAAGUAUUAGCUGAUACCGAAAAAUUUUUAGAGAGUACAAAAAAUCUUUUAGUCGAGAAGAAUGCUGGUGAUGAAUUACAGAAUGCUGUAUAUUAUGGUAAUAAAGCUGCAAGAGAAAUAAGUGAAACCGCCAAGGUUCCGGAAGAUCUAAAACAAAAAGUAGAUGAACAUAUUGCUACUUGUGAACCAUCGGUAAAAGAAAUUUGGCGAAAAACUUUAUUGAUUCCUCAGCUAUUAAUUUCAAGCUCGGAAUUUCGAAAGUUGGUGAACGAUAUUAAUCAUAUAUUUCAAGAAGCUUUAUCAGUUACUGUUCCUGGUCAAGAAGGUGAUAUUGAGACACCGCAAACUGAUGAAGAAAAAUCCCCGGGUGAAUUUACUCACCAUGUUAAGCAGCAGACUCGCGAAAGUGUAUAUCCUGUGGCUAAGGCCGGGGCGGAUAUUGUUGGUCCACAAAUAAAGGAUUUUGGUGAAGGUAAAAAAUCUCUACAAGAGGCUGCCGGUCAUGGAAUGAAGAGCCUUGUAACUUCUGUUAAAGAUAAAGUGACAAACUACAAAUUAUCACCCGAGAAACGUGAACGUAUUGUUAACCGAUUUAAGAAUCUCAUGAUUGAGACUCAAACACGUUCAGAAUAUCAGGAAGCUCUCACCGAUCUUGUUGAUGUCAUGUCUCGUAUUUCUGAAUAUACUCAAGAAAUCGUUACUCAUGUAACUGAAACUACUAAAAGCACUAGUCAACAAGCUCCGUCACUUAAAAUUGCUCAACAAAAUGCUAAGGAUCUUAUUGAGAAUUUUGCCAAUCAUAAGUCAUUAGAUGACUUAAUUUGUGCUUUAAAAAAUCUGGGUACACAAAUCAAACGUGACGAAGAACUUCGUAAUUAUCUUAAAGAACUUCAAAAUUUCGUUCUCUCCUCUUUACGUGAUCAUGAAUUUAUUCAACGUACCGAUUUUAAUGAUCACGGUUCGCGUCUCAUUGAAAAUGGACGUCGAAUCUUGUUGGAAAAUUAUGGUGAGAUUACACGAAAGAUCGCUGAUGAGGCUGCCGCCUUUAAUGAAGGUUUACAAGAAGAUCGAACCACUAUUGAGUGGACUCGUGACCUUGAAUGUUUGAUCAGAGAUGUCUUCUUGGAUGAGAAAGGUCGUCCGACUAUCAAGUUUGGAUUAGUUAAAGACUUUGGAAAGAUCUUAUCGAUGGUGGCCGAAAAAUUAAAGUUUAUUCCACUACCACGAUUAGAAAAUUCUGAUGAUACGUACGAAUAUAGUUUCGAUAAUAUCGUACUUCAUGUGUCAGAUAUUGUUCCCAAACAUCUUCAUAUUAGUUUGACUUCUGAUAUUAAUUUGGAUCGUGAGCCGGAUGACGUCGUGCAAAACACUGCAGUUUUCGAAAUCUCCAAGCUUCGUGCUGAUGCUCGUAAUAUUGCAUUUUAUUAUAAGAAAAAGGGAGGAUUAAUCACAAUGCGUGAUGUCGGCUUAGUUGAUUUUGCAAUUCCUGCUGAUGGUUUACGAUAUUACAUGAAAAUCUUUUUGGAUCUACCUGGCGAAAAUACACAAGUCGCACAAUUCCGUAUUAUUGAAGCAGAUACUAAGAUAACCGAUUUGAAGAUUCGCUUACAUGACACGAAACAUGACUUCCUGUACAUGUUGCUUACUCCUUUGGUGGAAAAGCAUCUUAAACGUCAAGUUGAAAAUGUUAUAACUGAUCACAUGAAAAAAGCAGUUGCAUUUAUUCAAGAAAAGAUCGCCCGAGUUCAAUCACAAGUUGUUGAAAUGCAACAACAACAAGCAGCUACUAAGGAAACUACUUCACCUGUGAGUGAAGACAAGUUAAAAGCUAGGGAAAUUUGGAGAUCUGAAGCCUUUACUUCAAAAGGUGCUACUAAGGCAUAA